AUGGGACGACCUGAUUUCCAAGGAAGAUCAAACGGUGGAGGUUUCCGUGGACCAUCAAGGGGAGGUGUGCAAGGAGCUCGCGGCGGAGGAUUCCGAGGAGGCUCUCCGCGUGGAGGAUUUGGGGGUGGAAGAGGUGAUUUCGGCGGAUCUCGAGGGGGAAGAGGCGAUUUCGGCGGAUCUCGAGGUGGUUUUUCACCGCGCGGAGGCUCUCGUGGAGGUUAUCUCGCCUCGUGGUGUCGCGGUGGAUUCCGAGGAGGCCCACGCGGUCGUGGAUCACCCAGAGGAGGACGUGGAGGCGCUGGAGGAAUGAGGGGCGGAAAACGAGUCAUCGUUGAGCCUCAUCGUUAUGAAGGUGUCUUUGUCGUCAAGGGAAAAGAAGACGCCCUCGCUACCAUCAACAUGGUGACAGGCGAAUCGGUUUAUGGAGAGAAGAGAGUGUCGGUGGAAAACGAAGGAACCAGCGUGGAAUAUCGAGUCUGGAAUCCUUUCCGAUCCAAAUUGGCCGCUGCUAUGAUGGGAGGCUUGGAGAACACGCACAUCAAGCCUGGAACAAAGCUGCUCUACCUUGGCGCUGCUUCUGGUACUACAGUUUCUCAUUGCUCGGAUAUGGUUGGCCAGGAUGGUAUUGUGUAUGCGGUUGAAUUUUCUCAUCGUUCGGGCCGUGACCUUCUCAAUGUCGCCAAAAAACGACCAAACAUCGUGCCAAUUGUCGAAGACGCCAGACACCCGCACAAAUAUCGCAUGCUUGUUGGAAUGGUGGACACGAUUUUUGCCGAUGUUGCUCAACCUGAUCAAGCCAGAAUUGUCGCCUUGAAUGCUCACAACUUCUUGAAAAAUGGCGGGCAUGCUGUCAUUUCCAUCAAAGCCAAUUGCAUCGACAGUACUGCUCAACCAGAAGCCGUCUUCGCUGGAGAAGUGAACAAGCUGAAGGAAGAAAAAUUCAAGCCUCGCGAACAAGUGACGUUGGAGCCUUACGAACGUGAUCAUGCCGUCGUCGUUGCAGAAUACAGAGCCAAGGGCAAGAAA